GAAUUUCCGGCUUUUCCAUGCAAGAGUCUCUGGAGGCGUGGGUGCUUCGCGUGGAGUCGUGUAGCUGCUCUGGCUCCUAGCAGAGGGUCGGGGUGACCCUCGGCUCUCCCGGUCCUUGUUUAAAUCCUGCGUUCGGCCUGCUCUUCCUCCUCUCGCCAUGGCGGGCAUCCUCUUCGAAGACAUCUUCGACGUGAAGGACAUCGACCCCGAGGGCAAGAAAUUCGACCGGGUUUCCCGGCUGCACUGCGAGAGCGAGUCUUUCAAAAUGGAUCUGAUCCUCGAUGUGAAUGUACAAAUCUAUCCAGUUGAUCUUGGAGACAAAUUCCGCCUUGUGAUAGCCAGCACUUUGUACGAAGAUGGGACACUGGAUGACGGCGAAUAUAAUCCUACAGAUGAUAGACCCUCCAGGGCGGAUCAGUUUGAAUACGUGAUGUAUGGAAAGGUGUACAGGAUUGAGGGCGAUGAGACAUCAACAGAAGCAGCCACGCGCCUCUCUGCCUACGUCUCCUACGGUGGCCUCCUCAUGAGACUCCAGGGAGAUGCCAACAACUUGCAUGGCUUUGAAGUGGAUUCGAGGGUCUACCUCCUGAUGAAGAAAUUAGCCUUCUGAGCAGCUUCCGCCACCAAACAGGUUGGAGGCUCGAUCAGCAGCUUGGGACAUUGCAGAAAAUAACAUCCGUUGCUUCCUCUGCUUCCCUUCGGAAGCGUUUGGAGCAAAGCUCGGCAACAAAUUAGAAGCACCCUUCCGAUGUUCUCCACCGGCUUUAGCAUCCACAACCGGGACAAUUUUUCUCCAUGCCGUUUUCCCAGGGCCCUUUGCAUUAGGAAGAAGCUGCCAGGCUACAUGGCAGCAUUCCUUAUGAAACUGAAGAGUAGUUUUAUCUCCUGGUGCCGGAAACGAUACACUUUUGAUAAGGUGGUCUGUUUUACAGUGCAUUUUUCUACAAAGGCAGCACUACUAUUUCUGGUAAACUGGGCCCCUUUUGGUCAAAAAACACAGAGCAAAAGAAGUCAGCUCCUGCGUCAAACUCCUUACAGGUAAUUGUUACUCCUUUUUUAAAAAAAACCUCGAAUAAAUAUUUUUUAUGAAUUUG